AUGGGACCAUAUAUCCUCUCGAACAUCUUCAUCCUCCUCGGACCAACCCUCUUCGCCGCAACAAUCUACAUGACUCUUGGUCGGCUCAUCCGCCGAGUCCAAGGCGAACAUCUUUCGGUAAUCCGCGUAUCUCGUCUCACUAAAACAUUCGUCUGGGGAGACGUGCUAUCCUUCGUCGUUCAAGGCAAUUCCUCGGGGUUGUCUGUACUGGGAUAUCCCCAGUGGGGCAAGGUGCUUGUGAUUGUCGGCUUGGCAAUUCAAUUGAUCUCAUUCUCUUUUUUCUGGGUGACGGCCAUUGUCUUUGCUAGACGGCUUCGUCGAUCACCGACAUCUGAGUGUCUCAAGCCUGGAGUUCCUUGGCGAAGUUCUUUGCAUAUGCUGUAUGCUGUCAGUGCUUUGAUUUUGAUUCGAUCUGUCUUUCGUAUUAUUGAAUAUGUCAUGGGUAAUGAUGGGUAUCCUCUUCUUCAUGAGUGGACGCUUUAUAUCUUUGACAGUGUGCCCAUGGCGGCUGUUAUGGUUAUCUUUUUCAUUUGGUAUCCUGAUCAGUUGAGUCUGGACAUGAUUCCUGACAGAGGUAUACCGCUUGCACACAGCUAUACCACGGUUUGA